AGGGGCCUGUGGUGGAGGAAAAAAAUGCUGACACGUGUGUGAAGGAACAGCAGGUGGAUUGGACAGGAAUAAGACAACCAUCUUUUUAAGUGACGAUUUUUUUUAAAGGAAGUUCCUCUUCGCUCUGACAGAAAACCUGUGCUGGAGGACCAAAAAAAAAAAGAUGUUCAUGGCUUUUCAUGUCUUUUGCUGUGGGGGCCAUGAAGUGGGUCAACACCUGAGAAGGAGCUGAAAGGAGCAGCAGAGACUGAGACAGGUUAGUCCUGCUGAGAGAACGCAGGAGGGGGGGAGAGACCGGCUGGAGGCACAAAAACCUUCUGUUUCAGCGACAGGGAACAGGCACAGGUGUUUGCUGCUUGUGUGACUGAUAUCACAAUUACCAGCCAUUUGACUUUUGGUGGAAAAGCGGAUUGUCGGGCACUUCUAAUCCAAUCCAGUCUUUGAACAAGCACUAGUUUACAUCUCGACAAACAAACUACCUCACCCAAAACUGGUUUUACUGGCUACAUGUGGAUCAAUUUCAGUUAAUCUUCCCUGCUUCUAGAGGAAGAAACAGUGGAAUAAUAUUUGCAAUGGUUUUUAUAUGAGAGUUCUCGACAGAACAGCGUUUUGGGACCUGUUUUCCUCCCCCCUGAUUCCACCUUGACUCAAGCAUAAAAAGAUAACCCAGCAUCUCUUUGCCUCGCCGUCCAAGCAUUCCAAGUCACCUCCAGCGUAGGGAAGAGAUACUAUCCUCCAGGCACGUCGUGCAGAAAGACACUCUCCUGGGCCCUCCACCUCCACCAUGCAGACCCCGGGACCUGAGCAUGACGACUCUUUUGACUUCCUGUUCAAAAUCAUCCUGAUCGGGGACUCUAAUGUGGGGAAGACCUGCGUGGUUCAGAAUUUCAAGUCAGGGGUUUUCUCAGAGAAGCAGCAGAACACCAUCGGAGUGGACUUCAGCGUGCGGACCGUGGACAUCGAGGGGAAGAAAGUAAAGAUGCAGGUGUGGGACACGGCAGGUCAGGAGAGGUUUCGCACCAUCACCCAGAGCUACUACCGCAGCGCUCAUGGCGCCAUCAUCGCCUACGACAUCACAAGGCGCACCACCUUUGACUCCGUGACUCACUGGAUAAAGGAGGUGGAACUCUACGGAGCGACUAAUGUGGUGCUGGUUCUCAUAGGUAACAAAAGUGACCUGGAGCAGGAACGUCAGGUACAGUUUGAGGAGGCCUGCAACCUAUCGAAAGAUCGAGGCAUACUAGCUGCUCUAGAAACAUCUGCAAAGGAGAGUCAGAAUGUGGAAGAAGCCUUUAUGAUGAUGGCCAGAGAGCUGCUGGCUCGCAAUGGCCUCAAUGUCCAGCAGGGGGACUCGGAGAGCAACAGCACACCUCGAGUUCUGCUGCGGGCCAACUCACGGCCGGUCAAUGGCAUCGCAGGCGCCUACGCCCCACCGGAGAAGAAGUCGUGUUGCUGAUACAAAUGUGGAUAAGACAAAGGGUGGGAGAGGAGACUGGAUGAUGUUGGAUUUUAAGUGUUGGCAGUGGAUGAGGACACUGAUCAUAAUGAAUGUUGGAGGAGCUGAAGAAGACGUGCACCGAUGUGGAAACGGCCUCAGGGACCAUCAACCUUUGCAUUGGGAAAGUUUGGGGCCAUUUCUGGAAAGUAUCUAGGAAUCAGAUUGGUGUACUUUCUUGUGACUUACCUGACCUGAGAGCAGGCCAAUGAAAAGGCUGAGUGACUUAUUCACUCAUGUUACCUAUUUCUUGGUUUGUAAUGUUGGCCUCCUAAUGUUAGCUGACUGAAAGAAAAAAGUUCAAAAGGUCAUGACAUAAUUAUUUGAAUCUAAAACCCUUAACACCUCUCUCUUUUUUUCUUCCUUUUUUCUAUUCUGAUGAAAUGCAUGCAGGAGCUGGCAUGUAAGGAAAUUCUCUCCAACAUUAGCUAUGAGUUUAUUUAGAUGAGUACAUUUCUCAGGUGGCUAGUCUGAUGUUUGCAGAAGAAGGAGAGGCUCACACAAUGUACUCAAGAAACAAUGAAUGGCUGCUGUUUUAAUCAUUGCUAAUACUGGGAUCAACAUAAUUAUGACCUCCAUGGGCAUCUCACGGCUUCCCCCCUUUCCCCUCCCUUAUGGGUGGCCCUGCCUGAGAAAGUGGUUCAGCUGGUACUACAUGGCAUGUUUAGUGAUGAUGACUGUGAUCAGUGUUGGGCAAACUUACACUAAUUUCUACCAAUUCUUCCUGUUUUUUUUUUUUCUCCUCCAAUCUCUGCAUCAUUAUCAGCACAAAAUUCUUUGGCACUAUAACUAUCAUAUAUCCUUUAAGUUUGCACUACCAAAAUUGAUCAAAGCCUGAAUUAAGUCUAAAGAAUGAAUAUGGUACUUGGUUACCCCAAAAUAUAAGCAUUCUGAGCAUUCUCAACACUUUCUGGCCACGAUCACGUUAUCAAUAUAUUCUUCUUGAUGCUUCGCUCUGAUGGAACCUUCGAAAUGCUGGUAAAGUCUGUCGCAGAGCAUGAGACUCUGAGUAUUUAACCCAAGUGACCUCUUGUGGUGCCGCUAUGAAGGGCUGUGAUCCUCUGAUGCUGCUGCGCUCUGGACGAAAAUGACCCAGGGAACCUGCUACAAAGCAAGAAGACUGUGAAUUAUACAUUGGUGAUUUAUCUUAUCUUGUCAGUUAUGGAGGCUACAUUCUGAUGUUCUACAUUGUUAUAAAUGUCUAGAAUUGGCUUUGAAUGUGUCCUCAAUGGAUACUUUUGAUUUCUGACCCAAGCAGGACAACGUUUGACUUUCUGCGUGGAAAUAAAAAAGGUUUGCUAACA